CUUACCAUCCAUUCACCGGUGUUAACUUCAAUCCGUACUGAAGAAUGAAUAAAGAACUCUUCUUACUAUCUAUGCAUGAAAUUUCCAAAAAUGCUUUUAGAGAAAAAAAAGCCUGGAAAGCUGAAUUGCCUCUCAAACACCAUUGUCUUGCCUAAUUUUCUAGUUCCAUUCACACAAUCCAAACCAUCUUUCACUGCAUUCCCUUCAACUUUACCAGUUUCACCCCAACUUUCUCAACCAUGUCUCCGAAUUUUCUCUUUGGACUCAGUAGCCUAUACAAAACUGAUUCAAUUUUCUGCAAAAUCUGAGUCUUUGAUCCAGGGCAAGCUAGCUCAUGCCCACAUGAUAAAAACUGCUUUCAAGCCUUGCCUCUUCUUGUUCAACAAUAUGCUUAACAUGUAUGGUAAAUGUGGCGAGAUGCGUACUGCUCAAAAGCUGUUUGAUAGAAUGCCUAAGAGUAGUGUGAUUUCUUAUAAUAUUUUGAUCUCUGGGUAUGCCGAGAUGGGUUCUUAUGAUAAGGCUAUUGGUAUGUUCAGUGAAGCUAGAAUGGCUUGUUUAAAGUUGGAUAAGUUUAGUUAUGCUGGAGUGCUAAGCGCUUGUGGUCAAACCGGGGAUCUUGAAGUGGGUAAAGUGAUUCAUGGAAUGGCUGUUGUUUGCGGGUUGGUCAGACAAGUGUUUCUGACCAAUUUGUUUAUUGAUAUGUAUUGCAAGUGUGGGAAGGUUGAUCAGGCAAGGCUUUUGUUUGAGUCUUCUGAUGGGUUGGAUAUUGUUUCUUGGAAUUCUUUGAUUGCUGGAUAUGUCAGAGUUGGUGCAUAUGAGGAAACAUUGGAACUGUUAAUCAAAAUGCAUCAAACUGGAUUAAGCUUGAAUUCUUUUACUCUUGGAAGUGCCUUUAAAGCUUGUUCUUCGAAUCUCGUUAACAUGAUAGACUAUGGUAAAACACUUCAUGGAUACACUGUCAAACUUGGAUUGAAUUCGAAUGUAGUCAUUGGGACUGCUUUGGUUGAUAUGUAUGUGAAAACUGGGUUUUCAGAUUAUGCAAUCCAAAUUUUCAGAACGAUUCCUGACCAAAAUGUUGUGGCAUUUAAUGCCAUGAUUGCUGGAUUCAUCCAAAUUGAAGCUAUCAGUAAAGAAUGUGCAAGUGAAGCAUUUAAUCUUUUCUCUCAGAUGCAAAGGAGGGGAAUAAAUCCAUCAAAUUUUACAUUCUCAAGCAUGAUCAAACUAUGUAACCAAAUUAAAGCAUUUGAGUAUGGAAAGCAAAUUCAUGCCCAAAUCUGCAAGAACAACAUUCAAUCUGAUGAAUUCAUUGGCAGCACACUUAUUGAAUUGUACUCCUUGUUGGGUUCAAGUGAGGAUCAAUUUAAAUGUUUUAAUUCAACUCCUAAGUUAGAUAUUGUCUCAUGGACUUCCAUGAUUGCUGGUCAUGUUCACAAUGGGAAUUUUGAAAGUGCAUUAGCUCUGUUUUACGAACUACUGGCAUCUGGAAAGAAACCAGAUGAGUUCAUAAUGUCAACUAUGUUGGGUGCUUGUGCAGAUUUGGCAGCAGAAAGAUCUGGGGAGCAGGUCCAGGGAUUUGCAUUAAAGACUGGCCUUGGGGUCUUCUCUAUUGUUCAAAACUCACAGAUUUCCAUGUAUGCAAAGUCUGGCAACAUAACUUCUGCUAGGUUAACAUUUGACGAGAUAAAGAAUCCUGAUGUGGUGUCCUGGUCAGUGAUGAUUUGUAGCAAUGCACAACAUGGACAUGCGGCAGAUGCCUUGAACCUCUUUGAGUUGAUGAAGAGUUAUGGAAUUUUUCCAAACCACAUUACAUUCCUUGGAGUUUUAACUGCUUGUAGCCAUGGUGGACUUGUUGAAGAAGGACUAAGAUACUAUGAAAGCAUGAAGAAUGAUUAUGGCAUGAAAACUAAUGUACAGCAUUGCGCCUGUGUUGCUGACCUCCUUAGCCGUUCUGGAAGUCUGGUAGAUGCUGAAAAUUUCAUUUUGAACUCAGGUUUUAAAGAUAACCCAGUGAUGUGGCGAGCCCUUUUGAGCAGUUGCAGAGUUUAUAAGGACACUGUUAUAGGGAAACAUGUUGCGGAGAAAGUAAUUGAACUUGACCCUCAGGAAUCUUCAUCUUAUGUUCUUCUUUACAACAUUUAUGCAGAUGCUGGAAUGGAAUCACCCGCUAGGAAAAUUAGAGAACUAAUGGAACAUCGAGGGAUUAAGAAGGAACCUGGUCAGAGUUGGAUUGAGUUAGGAAACAAGGUUCAUUCUUUUGUGGUGGGUGAUGUUUCUCACCCAAUGAGCCACUUAAUUUAUAAAAAAUUGGAAGAAAUGUUAGAGAAGAUAAGGAAAAUUGGUUAUGCUGAUCAGAACCUUGUUUCUAGUCACUCUAGAGCUGAAGUCAAGGGCAUCUCAAUGGUCAAUCACCACAGUGAAAAACUAGCAGCGACUCUUGGAAUUAUCAGUUUGCCACAAUCAGCUUCUGUGAAGGUGAUGAAAAAUUUGAGAGUCUGCCAUGAUUGUCAUACAGCAAUGAAGCUCUUCUCAAAAGUGGAAAAGAGAGAAAUAAUUCUUAGAGAUCCACUUCGUUUCCAUCAUUUCAGAGGAGGCUCUUGUUCAUGUAAUGAUUACUGGUAAUUUCGGUAAUGAUUCCAAACAAUUUUGUUUGCUCUAAAAUGAUUAGAAGGUGGAGAAAUCUUUAAGUUGGAAGAAUCAAUGUCUUACCAUUGGCUUGGGAAGUGGCCAAGUUGAAAGGAAUCUGGAAGCGAGCAAAGUGAUGAGAAAUUAAGUACCUAAUGUGAAAACCAUGUCGGAACUCCAAAUGGAUAGAUAGAGGCCCAGAGUGGCUGUGGCUUCCCUACCAUGUUACCUUUCAAUUGUAUGAUUUGCAGAAAGCCUGUUGUAUUUUGAACCCCUUCAUCACUACCAGAAAGAAGCCUGAUCGACCAUCCCAUUUAACAAUUUCAGACCCCUGCUUGAACACAUUGCUGGUGUAGAUGCUUCAUAAGCAUAUGAAGUUGGAAAGGUCAGAGCUGAAACCAAUUUUAAGCACUUUUCCCACAUCAUUUCGUCUAGGGCUGUGCUGAAGGCUAGUUGAUUUGAGGAUGGCCAGUAAUUUGGUGAGGCUUUUUGGGUGCUAGCAGGUAUGAUAGUCAUAUUGUCUCUAGGAAGCUUGUUGUAGAGGGGGUCAUUAAGCUCUAGUUUAUGAUAGCUUCAUCUUAUCUGCAUCUUUUCAUUCCUAACAGAUCCAGUGUCUUGCAGUAUCUAAGCUGGUGAUGGAAUAUAAAACCCUGCUUGGAAAAUUAGAUAACAAAGUGGGAAAUCUGACUUAAAAUGGAGUAGAUAGGAUUCAUUAUUUUUGAGGAAGAAGUUGAACAGUUAAACAAGAUUGAAAAAGUAGUUACAGAAUAUUUUAAAAGCUAAAUUUUCUAAGGUUUCCAGUACAUCUGAAGCAGAUUCAAGUGAUGCUCAAUGUUGAGCAACCUCUUGGAAUUUUAUAGUUGAUCAACAUCAGCUUCUGGAGACUGAUGAGGAAGUUAUGUUUUGGUGCUAAAGCAAUGAAUCUCCUCUUCAAAGUCAAAAAGAAGCGGUUAGUUCAUAUAGAUCUGUCAUUUCUCUAUUAUUACAAAAGGUUCUUCUUGUGGUUAACAUCUAUAGCUAUACUAAUUUGUUUCCUAGGAUUGUGAUUGUUUAUAUCUACCUUGGAGAAACUUGUUUCCAACAAUUUAAGAAUUAGUAGAAGACUUAUGCCAUUAAAAUAAUAGGAUUCAGUGAUUUUGAUUCAUAGUCCCAAUAACCAGCAGAAAUCCUCAUGCCAUUCUAGCAAUCUAGCCUGGGUUAAUUUUACAAUUAAAAGAUAAAAGUCAUAAUUACUUCAGAAGAAAAGAAACAGAAUUACAGGCAAUGAGAUUGCAUUUUAUUUUAUCUUUUUAGUAAUAAAUCAUUGUUCUAUUCAAUUCACACCAUGACAAUUAAUUUUUCCAUGCUGUUUGGCAUCUGAAUUCUGAAAUAGUGCUAUUUCAAUGUUUUUUAAUAAAUUACAUGGAGUAUGAAGGUACAUCUCCUGUCUUCAUUCAAAGUGUUCUUUUUAUUCCUUGGAUUUUUCUGUUGUGGAAUAGGUGCAUCAUUGUUAUUAUUCCAAUAAGAAAAGCUUGGCUUCAUGCUACUGCUUACUGGUGUUACUCUUCAGAACUUCCCAACUUUGCUUCCUCUGCCUUUAUAGUUACCAGGCCCUAUUCUCCUCCUAGUCCACCAAGGAAAACAAGUUAUUCAUAAUUUUUUUAUUUAAAUGGAGAAUGUAAUUCUCUUCUAUAGUUUCUGUUGAUCUUUUUUUAUUAGCGUUUGUUAUUAGUUUGAAUUCCUUAAAUGUCUAUCUUCUGGAAUUGUUCACUUCUUGCUUGUUUAAUGUACCUUGUGGAAGGUGCGUUAAGGAUUGAGCAUUUCAAGCUUUCUUUUAAUUUAUCAUUUCCAUGUUUACUGGCAAUUGAUAAAUCAGUGUUGAGGAGAAUAUUUUGGCCUACGCUGUAUGCCUUCAUAAUUGAAAUUGUUAUUUAUAUUUAGUUGUAUUGAUGUUUUAGCACUUUUAGUGCUAGAAGACCUUGGUGUUUCUGAAAAGUUGCAGAAGUGCUUGGGUUAAUUUUGCUGUCUUUCAAUAUGAUGUCUCCUUUGCUUUGUCUUUUUUUGUGUCAUUUGGAGAUUUAAAGUAAUAUUUUCUUUGGCAUUUCAAUUUAACUUGAAAUUUUUUACAAGUUUGUUUGAACUUUUCAAACGGGAAGUCUUGCACAUUAUAAGGUCCGUCAUGUUCUGUCUGCAGCAAAGACUAUGCUUAUUGAGAAAUAAUUGUUUACAAGGGAACCGGACUUCUUCAAAAUGGCUUUCUCUUUAGCAAAGAUCCACUGUAUCAAUAUUUAUUUGUCUGAAUAGCUGGUUUUGAUCUGAAAAGCACAAAAAUUAUAUAUUAUUUCUCUUUGCAAAAAGAUUAUAGGGUAGAAGUAGUUUAGGAAGAAAAUUAGGGAUUUUAGAAGACAUUUAAGUGACAAUGUGUUCUGAAUCUUUAAAGUGUUCAGACCUUAUGCAGCAAUUCUGCCUAAGUUGGUGGACAUAAAUCCAUAUUGAAGAAUUAUGAGAGAAAAUAGAAUAUAUAUAUAUAUAUAACCUAACCCAAAAUUGGGUUUAAUUAUUUUGGACCUAGUGAAAAAUAUAUUUAAAAGUUAUAUAUACUAGUUGGAGCUAGACUAUUAUAAUUAAUAUCAGAGUCAAUUUGAAUCAGAAAGAAUUGUGCAUAACUAGUAGGCUUGUGAAGAAAGAGCUACUCGUGAAAUAAGGUGGAGUCGUCUGAAACAUUAGUGAACUACAAUGUCUAAGGUUUGACUCUUGGCUUGGCAAUUACAUCUGAUAUAGCAUUAGGGUUGUAACAAGUAUCGGUGGGUGAAAAUGUAGUGAUCUAACCUAAGGUGAUGGAUAUAAAUCCCAUAUCGAGGGAGUAUGAGAUGAAAAUAGAAUAUAUAUUAUCUAACUCAAAAUUACUAAAAUAAUUUAGAUUAACUAUUUUGGAUCUAAUGGAAAAAGAGGUCUAACAUCCGCAAAGAGCUAAAUAUCUGGCGAGGCAUAACUCACUUCAAAAUAUAGUUUAAGGGGGGAGAAGUGCCUAAGAUCUUUAUAAAGAAGUAAGGAACAUGUUACCCGUAUCCAAACCAAUGUGGGAUUCAACACAUCCCAUCACGCUCAGGACUAAAUUGGAGCGUGAAAUACUUAUAGGAGGCCCAACAAUGAAUGCAGAGGCUCUGAUGCCAUUUUAAAUUUGGGUCAGACUUAACUUACUCCAAAACUAGCUCAAGGAGAGGAGUGCCCGAAACCCUUACAAGGGGCACAUUACCCUGUGAGAUUCAACAAUAGAUAUAGCGAUAACUCAUAUCAGAAAGCAAAUAACAAACUUCUUGAAAUCCGGGAGACAUGCUAAACCAGCUGCUUUGCUCCUAAUGAAUGAUCUGCAUCGUUUAAUUGAAUUCCAAACACAUUGUUUCUAUUUGGCGAUCCUCACUGUUUCAUUAAAUCCAUUUCGCCUUUUAUUCUUUAAUAAAACGACAUCAUAUCAACUCUACCCCCUAAAAAAUCUCCUUGUCCUCAAGGAUAGAGUACAGGUAAUUUAACUUGAAUGUCAUUUGCGAAUUCUCACGUUGCAUUAGUUGGAGAGGAACCUGCCCAGUGGAUUAACCAUUUCGUGGUUGCUUGAUUCCCUCUCUUAACCAUCUGCCUAUCCAAUAUAGCUUGAGAGUAAGGAAGUGGCCGUGUAGAAUGUAAGGGCAACUCUUGGGAGGCUAUAACAGUAGCAUAUGCAGAUUUCAAUAGGGAAACAUGGAUCACAUUAUGAAUAUUUGCCUAAGUUGGCAAUUCCAUCUUAUAAGCAACAAGUCCCACUUUAUCAAUAAUCUUUGAAGGUCCAUAAUACUUCUUACUCAACUCAUGCAUGUGGAAGUGACUAUUGGACAAAUGUUUCCGACUUAAGAUACACCAUCUUCCCAAUUUGAAAACUUCUCUCAGAAUGUUUUCUAUCUGCCAUUUACUUCAUCCUAGUUGUAACCUUCUUUAGCUGUUGUUUCAGAAUAUCGAUAGCUUCCUCCCUAUUUCUCUUGUAUAUGUCAACUGCUUCAACAUUGGAAUCUCUGGGAAAAUUGGGAAUGUGUAUUGGAGGUACUACACAAUAUAAGGCCUUAAAGGGAGUAGUAUAUGUAGAAGAUUGAUGAGAUACCAAAACUCUGCCAUAGGUAGCCACUGGACCUAAGACUGAGGCAUGUUACCAUACAUGCAUCUGAAAUAGGCUUCUAAGCACCUAUUAACAACCUCAAUUUGCCCAUAUGUUUGGGGAUAAUAGUCAGUGGACAUGUAAACUCAAUGCAACUUAAAUAAUUCCUGCAAAAAAUUACUGGUAAACACAUCUCUAUUAGUGAUAAUUGUCUUAAGCAAUCCAUGUAACUUGUUCCUGGCAGACAACGCCUUGCUUAUGUAAGCAAUUAGAUGUCCUUCUUGUAUAAGCUUGUUGCUGUGGCUUCUAUCCACUUGGACACAUAGUCCACGGCUAGCAAUAUGUAAGUGUUGCCAAAGGAAGGAGAGAAUGGUCCCAUAAAGUCUAUGCCCCAUAUGUCAAAGAUUUCGCAAACCAUGAUAGGUGACUAUGGUAUUUUACUUCGGUUACUAAGGUUACCUGUUUGUUGGCACCUUGCACAUGACCUGCAAAAUAAAUAAGUGUCUCGAAAUAUGUUAGGCCAAUAUAACCCACAUUCAAGGAUCUUUAGGGCUGUCUUGCGUGGAUCGAAGUGUCCACCAAUGAGUGACAGAAGGCCAAAUUGAAGAAAUUUCUUGAUCCGUGAUGCAUCUUCGUAUGACUUGAUCUGAAUAAUGCUUCCAUAGGUAAGGUUCGUCCCACAUAUAAUACCUUGCAUCCUUUUUAAUCUUGUCCUUCAUGUGUUUGGGCAAAUUAGAGGGUAAAUCACCCGUAGCGAGGUAAUUCACUAUGUCAGCAUACCAUGGUUCAUCUUCUUGAAUAGCAAACAGGUAUUCAAGAACUAAUUCCAGAAAUUUUGGUGGAGCUUCCUUCGUGGCUCAUCACCUCUACCUCCUCCUUUUGUACUAUUUGCUCCACAGUUCUACUACCCUCCCCUUGACCUCUAGAUUUACCAAUUCCAGAAAUCAAUACCUUCAGCUCAUUGACCAUAUCUUGUAAUCUACUCUCCAAUCUGGCCUCUUCGCUUCUUCUCAUAUUCAAGAACUAAGUUGGCCAGUUCCUUUCUCCACCCCCAUCAUCUUGUUCCUAUAGCCAUGUCUGAGGAUCAACUGCUCCGAUACCAAUUGAGAAGGCAUGGAAUAGUAAAAGGAACCCACACUCACUAACACACUCAAAAAAUUAUAAACGUGGUGAUACCUAAAAAAAUUUACUGUCCCAUACAUAUAGAACAACACAUAAUAGAAAGCAAAUAACAAAUUUACUAAAAUCUGAGAGACAUACUAAACCAAUUGCCUACUCACAACUGAUGAUCGAUAUUGUUUAAUUGAAUUCCAAUUUCCAAACGCACCGUUUCUAUUCGGCAAUACUCACUGUUUUAUUAAAUCCAUUUUCCCUUUUAUUUUUUAAUAAAACUGCAUCGUAUAAGUAAAUCUCUCAUUUAAAUAAUAUUUCAAAUUGCUUAAAUAAAGAAUACUUCAUUUGAUUUGGCAGACUAAAUGCCAAAAGAAAAAUAUUUUCUUAAUUGUUAAGGUGUUAUCACUUAUCAUUACACUUACCAAAAACUAGCAAAUUAUAAGUUUCUACUUACCAUGUUUCUAAGUCUAUAUUUAGAAAUUUGUUUGUGAAUUAAUGUUUGAGUUGUUCACCAAAUUCAUUCCUUUGUUGCCCCAUCUUACCAUGUAUGUCCUACCCUUCCCGCUUAUAAAUCCCCUUCACUUGUAAAUCUCUGUCAUCACAAGUCUUAUCCAAUUUUUCUGUGCAUAGUCAUGGACGGAAAAGAGGUGAAGCAUGGAUUGAUUUCUGAUGAAUCAGCUAGGAAAGCGACCUUCGAGGAAAAAAAGGCUGAUUUGUUGAGGGAGCUGGAGGAACUGACUACUCUUUAUGGAGUUACUGGGUGUGCAAUCAUUUUCAAUGCUGAUGGUUCCUCUCCAGAUGUUUGGCCAUCUCAUUCAGAAGCUCUUUCUGUGCUUGAACAAUUCAGGAACUUGCCUCCAGAGGAACAAUGUGAGUACAUGUUGGACCAAGAAUCUUUUCUUGUCAGAGAUAUAUCAUGGUUGAGUGACAAAUUAGAGAAAGAAAAGAAGAAAAACAAAAUGAUCGAACAACAACUUUUUCUUGCUAAGUGCAUCACUGCUAAGAAUAUGCACUUCCCGAAUUCUUUGAAGAAUAUGAAUGACAUGAGUGAUUUGUUGAAGGAAAAUCCAGGUUCGAUCACCGACAAGAUCGACCAAGCAAAGGAUGAGAAUGAAGAGGAGUAGUUCUUGUUAUACAGAGAAAGGGAGAUGUUUAAAGAAUAAGAAUAAUAAUUAGCAAUGCUUCUGAUAUGAAUCUUUUGGUUACUAAGAACAUAUAUAAGUUCAUGGUAGAAAGAUUCAGAUUUUAUGUUAUCCAAUAAUUUUGUGUCAUAAAUAUCAUUUCCCUUUUCUCUUAA